CAAGCACGUUCUUGCUUCGAACAAUCUCUCCUGUGCUUCGUCCGGGCGACCCUCAACUCGAUUAUUGCACGGCGCAAGGGUCGACACAUCUUCGAGUAGCUGUCCAUUUGUGGCUCAGGCUGGACAUCUUUCAUCGUCUUAUCGUGCACGAGCUGAAUGUUGCCAUGAGAUUGCCGAUCGGCCCACAAGCGUUAAGCUCCAGUCCUUCGGCCUUCGUGGAAGGCGACGUGGGUUUCCCGCGACUGGAAAUAACCACCAGUUUGUCGAGUGGGCGGCGUGAAAUCGGUGCUACAGAACACCACGUUGCUUUCGUAGUAAGCCAAGUCGAUUCGAACGCCAACUUGUCGCCUGGACGACUUGCGAGUGAGACUCUCGUCCAUCAGGAGCCGAUCGUACCAAUGCCGAGCCAUGCGGCGGAGUCCGUUGCAGCCAAGGAGAGCGCCGUGGACGUGGCCAUCGAGCUCGGCCGCGUGCGAAGUCGAUUCUGCGACAUCCUCUCCGUUCACAGCUCGUCCGAACUUGACAUCCCCCAUGCUUCCGGCGACGCGGGUCUGCCGCCGUCGCAAGGCGUCCCCUCCGAGCUGGGCAACCUCCUCGCGGAGGUCAUCUUCGUCCUCACCUGCACGGCGUCUCAGUUCAUCUUCUCGUUGAUGCUGGGCCACAUCACCGUCGCGCAGACGCAGUUCCGCAAGGCGCUCGGCAUCCCGCCCACCCAGACCCCUUGGCUCAUAGGCUCUCUCAUGCUGGCUAGCGGUCUGUCCGUGAUCGUCUCGGGGUCGCUGGCCGAUCUCGCCCCACCCAAGCCCCUGGUUGUCGGCGCCUUCCUGUGGGAGGCCGUCUGGACUGCCGUCACUGCCGUCGCCGUCGGCCCGCGCCUGAAAGUGCUCUUCUUCGUAGCCCAGGCCAUGAAGGGGCUCGCCGUCGGCGUCCUGGUCUCCGCCUCGAUGAGCAUCCUCGGGCGCGUCUAUUAUCCCGGUAUCCGAAAAACGCGCGUGUUCUCGCUCAUGGCCGCCGGCUCGCCGUUUGGCUUCUGGGUCGGAUGCGUGCAGGGUGGAGCCUUGAGCGCCCAUCUCCCUUGGAUCUUCGGUACCUCCGCUGUCUUCCUCGCUUUGUGCGCCCUGGCAGCCUACACGACCGUCCCGAACCUGCAGCCGGCGAGUGACAGCCGCACGGCUGACGCGCCCUCAUUACGGCAGUUCGACUACGUCGGAGCGUUCUUGUCGUCCCUAGGCUGCAGCUUGAUCCUCUUUGGACUUGCCCAAGGAUCCUCUGCUCGCUGGAACCCGUACACGUACUGCAGCGUGAUCCUCGGAACGGUGAUGCUCGGUGUUUUCUACCUCGUGGAGCAACGGGUCGCCCGACCUCUGAUUCCCAACGGACUCUGGCAUACGCCAGGCUUCACUGCUCUCCUGAUCUCGUACUUCCUUGGUUUCGGCGCAUACUCUGGUGCGUGGCAGUUCUACGCCAUUCAGUUCUGGCAGCGCUAUCAGGGGGCAAGCCCCCUCACCGUUGCGCUGUACGUGCUUCCGAACGGCAUCGUCGGUCUGCUUGCGGCUUGGAUCGUGUCUCGGACACUGCACGUCGUUCCCGGCCAUUACAUCCUGAUCGCAAGCAUGGUGUGCUUCGGGAUGGGCCCCGUCUUUUUCCUUCCUCAAACUCCAGAGUCCAGCUACUGGGCGCUGUCCAUGCCCGGCGUCGCGCUCGCGACCUUUGGUCCGGACAUGAGCUUUGCUGCAGCGUCGAUCUUCAUCACCUCGAGCGUGCCGAGAUCGUACCAGGGCUCCGCGGGGAGUUUGCUCGUCACCGUGCAAAAUUUGGCCAUGGCCGUCAUGACGUCCGUCUGCGAUUCCAUCGGUGUCCAAGUUGACGAGCUCCCGACUGGAGAGGUCGGAUUGCACGGAAUCAAAGUCAUUUGGUGGUUUGGACUUUCAGCUGCACUGACAGGAGCUCUGCUUACUGGCACGAUGGUCCGCAUACCGAAGGCAGAAGAGAAAGAGCACGUACAAUGAGGACUAUUCUGCUUACACAGGCAUGCGCCUACGCUUCACCUGGUGCAUCAUUCUACAAAGCAGAGGGAUUUUUUGUUAACACGUGAGGAGUUUGAUUUGCGAGUCUUGGCCAGUAGAAAACUCUACAUAUAUUCCGCGUCAGAACAUGCACGCAAUAUCCACGAUGCUGACGACAUUGUGCCAGGUCUACAACUUCGCCUUGGGCUUGCGCUGGAACGCAACCGCGACUGGAAUACCCGGAGGUUUUUUGCAAAAAAUCUCAUUUUCUAUUACAGCGAAUUUUGUCGUGUUUGCCACUUGAGAACGGAACGGGCAAGAAAAAGAUCGACAAGGGCUAUCGGCUCGCUCCUCUCUCGUCAACAACAAACAGGCCUGUAAUUGGUGUGCGAGAUGGACUAACAAAAUCGACGUCAUUGUGUGAACAUAGUAACAACCGAAGCGAAAAGAAAA